AUGGACUUACCGUCCUGGACGGUGUAUGACCCUGCCCUAGAACAUGCCAUCUUUGAUUCUGACGGGGAGGAGAAUGCUAUGGAUGGUAUUCAAGAGGACACCAUUGAUGAGCUCACCGAGGAUCCCAUGGAUGAGGAUGAUUUUGGACACACAGAUCAGUUGUCUGAGCACAUCAUGCCUCAGGUUACUGCCAUAGAGCAUCUCUCUAGUCCAGAACCUCCUGCUCACCCCAUCACUGCACCAUCCCAUGCCUCAGUCACUCCAUCUCCAGCCAACCUCCCUGCACAGCAACCUCGUACCAUCACACACACAUUUCCAAGGCCUCGCGAGUCAAGAGUCCUGAGGUCUCUUCAUGGUCUUGGUGCCAAGAUUGGAGAAGAAUGGGCCAAAGCAAUCAACAAUUAUGUUGAGCUGCUCACCCAAUCACCUAUUAUGGCAAACAAUCGCAAAGCCAAGAAAGUUUUUCUGAAGGCGAAGUGGGCCAUGGGGGAGAUGGAGGAAGCGCGGAACAUUGUAAAACCCAUUAUCCUCAUUGAUUCCGGCGCUGCCGCCGCUGUUGGGGAUUUCUCUGACUGCCUGACGCACACGGGUUGGAAUGACGACGCGAUCGCGCUCUGGACGAAGGCCGUCCACCUCGCCGAGUUCUGGCGCCACCGUUUCCUUCCGAACCAGUGA